CAUCCAUUUUUUCUGGCUGUCUCUUUUUGUUCGGUUGCCACACAAAAAGAAGUCUGAAAGUUUUUUGACUAUAGUAGCUUCCUCUUUUCUUUCAAUUUUCCUAGGAGCUAAAUAAUUACUAACCAUGUUUUGUGCUAUUUCCGGUGAGGCACCCAAACAACCAGUUGUUUCUACAAAAUCAGGAUGUAUUUUCGAACGAAAUUUGAUCGAAAAGUAUAUUGCUGACAAUGGCAGAGAUCCCACCAACAAUGAAGAAAUGACAACUGAUGAUCUAAUUGAGAUCAAAACAACUCCUGAGACUGUUAAACCACGUCCGCCAAAGUUUUCUUCAGUUCCUUCCAUUCUAUCAGCUCUUCAAGAUGAGUGGGAUAGUGUCAUGCUUGAAUCUUUUACACUAAAGCAACAAUAUCAACAAGUUCGUCAGGAACUUUCUCAUGCUUUAUACCAAAAUGACGCAGCAACAAGAGUAAUUGCACGCUUGAAAAAAGAACGUGACGCCGCUAGAGAAGCAUUGGCUAAUAUCCAGGCUCAUUUGGGUACUUCAGCCCCUGCAGCCCCUGCAGAACCUGCCUCUGCCGAAGCGAUGGAUGUAGAUGCUGGCGGUCUACCUGAAGAAGUAGUUGAAAAAAUGAACAAGACAAGCCAAGAGCUUUCCGGACAGCGUCGUAAUAAAAAGAAACCUCCAGUUGAAUUCGCAACAGUUGACAGUGUCAAAGAAUAUAAACAAUCUCUAUCCAUUCCUUCGCUUCAUGCAUCGCGUCCAGCGGGAAUUACAGCUUUGGAUGUCAAUGUAACUGGCAACUUAAUUCUGACGGGCGGUAAUGACAAACAUAUUCAGAUAUACGAUAAGGUAGAAGAGAAAGUCUUGGUCAACCUUGGUGGUCAUACAAAGAAGAUUACAGCUGUGAAAUUCAGAGGUCAACAAGCAGCAAAUGAUAUAUUUUUGAGUUCAAGUGCUGAUAAACAUGUUCGUGUAUGGAUUCCGGAUGAAAAGAAGACGUAUAAACUUGGACACAAUAUCACAGCACAUCAAGGUGAAGUAGUCGGCAUUGAUGUACAUCCUAGCAGAGACUAUUUCGUAAGCGCAGGUACAGAUAGCAAAUGGUCUUUCUAUGACUUUGAAAAUGCCAAACCUAUCGUGGAAACCUACAGUAAAGACAGCGACAGCAGUUACACCUGUAUUUCAUUUCAUCCUGAUGGUUUGCUUCUUGGUGUUGGUACAUCAAACUCGGUCGUACAGAUUUGGGAUGCCAAAUCCCAAACAGUUGCAGCCAAUUUUGGUGAUCACACUGGUCAAAUCAAAGCUCUUGCUUUCUCCGAAAAUGGUUAUAUCUUAGCCACAGCCUCAGAGGAUAAUUUAGUAAAGAUUUGGGAUCUUCGCAAAUUAGCAAAUACAAAGACUUUCACUUUAGACGAAAAUUAUAAGAUUACGAAACUUGCCUUCGAUGACUAUGGUCAGUAUUUGGCUGUAGGUGGUAAUGAUGUUCGUGUGUUCAAAGCUAAGGAUGGCUCAGCUAUCACAGCUUUCCAGGAUAAUACUGCAGAUAUUACUGGCUUACAUUGGUCACCUCUUGCGCAAGGUUUGAUGACUUCAAGUUUAGAUCGUACAGUCCGCUAUUAUAGCGCAUCAAAUUGA